AUGGAGGAACCCUGCCCAAGUUCACAAAAAACUGAAAGUUUUUGCAAGGUAUGCGGUGACAAAGCCUCCGGAAAACAUUACGGUGUUGCCAGCUGCGACGGCUGCAGAGGUUUCUUUAAAAGAAGCAUACGAAGAAACUUAGAAUACGUUUGUAAGGAGAACGGUAACUGCAUUGUUGAUGUAACGAGAAGAAAUCAGUGUCAAGCGUGCAGAUUUAAAAAAUGUCUACAAGUUAAUAUGAAAAGAGACGCUGUUCAACACGAAAGGGCGCCCCGCGCUAGUCAUACUUCACCUCUGCAUCACUAUCCCUUAGGUUUGGGAACUAGGCUACGGCCUUUUCAAUUUUCUCCCGUUUCUACGAUUGGUAGUAUCCCGCUUCAACUACAAAGUCCUCCGCUAUUAGAACCCGUCAUACCUCAAAUUCCAGGGCAGUAUUUUCAUCAAGGUAUCAUUUAUCCUACGGUUUCCAUGCUGGGGACAUUUGGAAAACAAAAUACAGGUUUAAAUUGUACAGGAUUACGUCAUUCAAGUUCACCUUAUCCAGUUCAAAAACAAUCUUCAACUAUAGCCAAUUCGAGUGUAUCGCCUAGGAACAUCAUCAAAGACGAUGAAGUUUCGAGUUCCGAAGAAAUUGCUCAGUACAAAACAUCAGAAAAAGAAUUAAUUAAUGAAGAAUCUUCAUCGAGGUUAAAAUUACCAAUAGAUUCUUGUAGAACUACAAUUAGACAUUCGGAUUUAUCGUAUCUAAAUCUAUUUCCUGCUGAAAAUAUAUACGAAUCGGCAGCAAAGCUUCUAUUUUUAUCUAUUAAAUGGGCCAGAACCAUACCAUCAUUUUUACAGCUAUCGUACGGGGAUCAAUCUAUUUUAUUGGAAGAAAGUUGGAAUGAACUAUUUGUAUUAACUGCGGCGCAAUGGGCGUUUCCAGUGGAUGAAGCUAUUCUAUUGAAUAAUGCGGUGGCUCCUACUUCCCGUCACGUACUAUUAGAAGAAGACGCCCGGAAGUUGAGAGAAAUAAUAACAAGAUUGAAUUUACUUAGAGUUGAUCAUACCGAACACGCUUGUUUGAAAGCGUUGGUGCUAUUCAAAGCAGAAAGCAGGGGUCUCUGUGAACCAGCUCACGUCGAACUACUGCAGGAUCAAACUCACGUAAUGCUCCACGAAUAUUGCGCGCAAAGACAAACUGUACAUAAAGGGAGAUUCGGGAAACUUCUACUCACUUUACCGGCUGUUCAAUCGGUUUCGAGGAGGGGAUUGGAGGAACUUCUCUUUAGACAAACGGUGGGAGACGUCGCCAUCGACAGACUUUUGGGCGAUCUUGCCAAAGCAGCAGGAUAAAAAAAUCGAUUAUUAUUAAUGUGGAAUUUAUUUAUCAGUAUUGUGAUUCGUUAUAUUUAUUUUUGUGUUAAU